CCGUACCCGAGCAACACCAUGAUUGGACUGGCUCUGCUAAUGCUGCUGGGUGCUGCUGCUGCGGCAGUGCCCCGUGAUGUAGGGAAGAUCGUCGGAGGACACGAAUGUGAGCCUAACUCCCGUCCAUUCAUGGCCUCCCUGAACUACGGAUACCACUUCUGCGGCGGCGUGCUAAUCAACGACCAGUGGGUGCUUUCUGUUGCCCACUGCUGGUACAAUCCCUACUACAUGCAGGUGAUGCUUGGGGAGCACGAUCUGCGUGUGUUUGAGGGCACUGAGCAGCUCGUGAAGACGAAUACCAUCUUCUGGCAUGAGCUGUAUGACUACCAGACGCUGGACUACGACAUGAUGAUGAUCAAGCUGUACCAUCCCGUGGAGGUGACCCAGUCAGUGGCCCCCAUCUCCCUGCCCACGGGCCUCCCUGACGGGGGCAUGCUCUGCUCCGUGUCUGGCUGGGGCAACAUGGCCAUGGGUGGAGAGGUGAACCUGCCCACCAGGCUGCAGUGUCUGGACGUGCCCAUCGUGGAGCCAGUUGCCUGCCAGGCCUCCUACCCGGGCAUGAUCAGCCCCAGGAUGAUGUGCGUCGGAUUCAUGGAUGGGGGCAGGGACGUUUGCAACGGGGACUCUGGAAGCCCACUGGUGUGUGAGGGAGUGCUCACCGGCCUGGUGUCCUGGGGACGGGGCUGCGCUGAGCCCAACUCCCCCGGCGUGUACGUCAAGGUGUACGAGUUCCUCUCCUGGAUCCAAACCACACUGGAUGCCAACCCCUGAACUGGCCAAGCAGAUUGAGUACAACGCUCCCCUCCUCCUUCAUCUUGUCCCUCUUCUACAAUCUCUUCCUUGCUUCUUUCAUCCCACUUGAAUCCAACUCAUAAUCUCCUCAAAAAGUCUCCUGCCAGCUGAGAAGUCCAAGAUCGACAGAAAGUGAAAUGGUGAAUAAAAGCAAUGUCUACAUGCUCA